AUGGAUACAAUUCGAUUAUUUCUUCGUUCAAAUAGUUUUCGAAAUACGAAAAUACGAACCGAUCUAAAUAGCAAAAGUUUGUCAAUAACAUCAAAUAUAAUUGAUAAAGACAAUAAUAAUCUAUUGAUUGAAAAUGAUAAAAACGAAAUAUUAAUACGACGAAGCUCAUCAAAUGAAAAAUUAUCGCGUGAUAAUGUUAAAUCAUUUUUAUCAACACAUCCAUCAUCAAGUUCAUUGUCGUCAAAUUUUCAAAGUGUUUCAUCACAAAUUGGUACAUGCUUUGGUUUAUCAAGUCCAUCGUCAAAUAAUAAAAGAUCUCCAAAUAUUGUAGCAAGUGCAUCAGCAGCAAUAUCAAAUGUUCGUUCAUUUACAAAUGAAAAUCCUUUGAAAGACCGUCGUAUUAGAAGACAACGAAGACAUUCAUGGACUAAUGAACGAAAUUUUCAUAAUAUAUCAUCAUCAUCAUCAUCAUUUGCAGUUCGGCAAACUAAAUCACAUCGUUAUUCUGAUCGAACAAGGAACUAUUCGUUUAUACAUAAAAAUUCAACGAAAAAAACGAGACGUCGAAUAAUACAACCUUUUCAAUCAACUUAUCGUCAAAGAAAUGAAGAAUUUCGAAAAGUAUUUAAAGAUUUACCGAAUGAUGAACGUCUAAUUGUUGAUUAUUCAUGUGCAUGGCAAAAAGAAAUUUUAAUACAAGGUCGAAUGUAUAUAUCACAAAAUUAUUUAUGUUUUUAUGCAAAUUUUCUUAAAUGGGAAACAAGUUUAUGUUUAAAAUUUAAAGAUAUUUCUUCUCUAACACGAGAAAAAACAGCAAAAGUUAUUCCAAAUGCAAUCGAAAUAAAAACAAAUAAAAAUGAAAGAUAUUUUUUUUCAAGUUUUGCCACACGUGAUAAAACUUAUGCAAUGAUAUUUCGAAUAUGGCAAACCGUGUCAAUUGAUCAACCAAUAUCUUCUCAGCAGCUAUGGACAAUGAUUCAUCAAAGCUACGGAAAUGAUUUAGAUAUGACGACUGACGAAGAAGAUACAUAUAAUAAACAAUCAACAAAUUCUACACCUGAUAAAAGUUUAUCGAAACAACUAACUAAAAAUGAAACAAAUGAAAAAUAUUGUAGUGUAACUCCGAAUUCAAUUUGUUCAAAGUCUAGUGAAAAAGAAGAAAUAGACGAUCGUUCUAGUUUAUCAUCUCGUGGAGGACGUCCAACAGACGACGAUAAUGAUAAUGACAAUGAUGAUGAUAACGAAUCUAUGAUACCUAUUGGUGAAGAAGCAAAUUCAAAUACACUUAUUCGUCAGCCUAGUUCAAAUACAAAAAGACAAGAAAAUUGUUUAGCAUCGAUGGAAGCAGUUCAAGAAAGGAAUUAUCUAUCGAAAUGUUCAUGUGAAUCACAUUUAGCUACUCAAUUAAUUGAUCGAACAUAUUCAUUAUCGGUUGAACGUCUGUUUGAUUAUUUAUUUGGUGAAAAUGAUUUUGUUAAUGCUUAUCAUGAAUCACGUCGUAUAAAAGAUUUUCAUACUGAUGAAUGGAAAAUAAAUGAAAAAACAGGAAAACGUGAACGUGUAUGCACUUAUAAAGUUAGUGUCACUGCAGUGUUUGGUGAAACAACGAUUUGUUCAAAUGAAAAACAAGUUAUUAUUUGUGAAUUAUCAAAAUCACAUUAUAUAGUAGAUACAGAAGUUCGAAAUGAAGGAAUAAAAUAUGCAGAUGCUUUUUUUGUUGCAUCUCGUUAUUGUCUUGUACAAGUUGGACCCAAUAAAUCACAUUUAAAAGUUACUUGUGAAGUUAGAUACGUUAGAAGUUUAAUGAUAAUUAUUAAAUCAUUCAUAGAAAAAAAUGCAAUGGCAGCUCUUCAAGAUUCUUAUACAGAUUUGAUAAAACGCAUUGAAGUUGAAUGUUCAAAUCGACAACGAUCAUCAAAUAUCAUUAUUAAUAAUAAUAAUGAACAAGAUAAAACAAGUCAAUCAAUACAAAUGUCAAAAAAGAAAUAUUCACAAAAACAACAAUCAAUGAAAUUGAAUUCUACAAUGAAUGAUUCUUCUCCAGAUCAACAACGAAAACAAAUCAUUCAUGAUGAAACUAUUCAUCAUAAUCAAAGUAAAUUUUUGUCUAUAAAUAUUUUCUUAUCAAAAAUCUAA